AUGGUAGAGUACCACUCACCUGGACUUGGCAACGUGGUCGCAGAGCUUGCAGACGACGUACUUGCAACGACCCUAGUAGAGUAUUAUCAACCUAGACCUAGAGAGACCUGGAAACAUGGCCGUCGGCUUGCAAACGCCUCCCCCCUGGAGAGUACCACCCACCUGGACCUGGCGACGUGGUCGCAGAGCUUGCAGACGUACUUGCAAACGAGCCCAGUAGAGUAUCAUCAACCUAGACCUAGAGAGAGUCGCACCGACCUAGACCUGGAAACAUGGCCGUCGGCUUGCAAACGCCUCCCCCCUGGAGAGUACCACCCACCUGGACCUGGCGACGUGGUCGCAGAGCUUGCAGACGUACUUGCAACGACCCUAGUAAAGUAUCAUCAACCUAGACCUAUAGAGGUGGUACAAGAGCUUGCAGAACAUCACCCUGGCAGAGCCCUGCAGAAGCUUGCAGAAAGACUUGACCAUGGUAGAGUCCCACCGGCUUGCAAACGGCUCCCCCCCCUGGAGGACCUAGAGAGGUGGCACAAGAGCUUGCAGAACAUCACCCUGGCAGAGCCCUGCAGAAGCUUGCAGAAAGACUUGACCAUGGUAGAGUCCCACCGGCUUGCAAACGGCUUCCCCCCCCUGGAGGGUACCACCCACCUGGACCUGGCGACGUGGUCGCAGAGCUUGCAGACGUACUUGCAACGACCC